GAGGCCUGGUACGAUGGACAGUCGAGCUGCAAGACAUGUCCAGUUUUCCUGGUACUUGGAUCGAUCGAGAACCGGGUGCCGGAAUAAGAAUGAGAAGAAGAAGUGGGAAGUGUGUGGUCCAAGCUGUCCGUGGCAGGUGGUUACUUUUCUCUUCUGUGGGGGGGUGGGAAGCGGUAUACACGGAAAAGGAAGGCAUUACACGUGUGUAUCCGUCCUCGUACUCGGAUCGACCCUACGUUGCUCAUGCUUAUGUUUGUGUGCAACCCAAUGCACACCACGUUCUCUUGCCCCCAAUGAAUGUGACUCAGCAUGGUGGUGGUGGUGGUGGUGGUUGCAUACAUGGCAGUAGCAAUGUUAGUGUAAGCUGACACACAAGGGAAGACAUGCUCUUCACUGUUGACCAAAA